AUGCAAGAGUAUUGCGAAUCAACAUACACUGUUCUAUUUGAUAUAUUUAAACCUGCUAAGUUAAUUGGGCAAGCGGAAAUAGCAAACAAUCCAAAGGCACUUGACUAUAUUUAUACGCUUCAGAAGAACGAUCUGCUACAAUAUCCAGAAGACCUGGUUUUGGAUCCCUGGUGCAACCAAGUUUAUAUAAAGCAGGAUAUAUUUGUGAGGACAGUGAAGUCUUCCCUAUCUAGUAAGUCCUCUGCGUCAAGUCUUUCUUCUUCAUUGAAAAGUGAUAGUGAACAGAGCAUACUAGCAGAAAAAAAGCUGGGCCAAUUAAGACUAGAAGACUGGCAUACGGAACCUUCGCAUAAUCAAUUCAACAACUAUCUGGAUUACAGGUUUUCACGCUUGGAAAUUACAGCUGUGGAUAUGAAAAAGGGAGAGAUUCUUUCUGCCAACGAGCCCUUGAAGGCCAAACUUCUCGGCUACGGAGUUGUGCGGUUGUAUAAGGACCGAGAAAAUGAGAAAGAAGAGCUAAGAAGGAACAGCGGUGACCAGACGACGGUGGCCAUCUUGGGAGUUCCUUUUUAUUUCACCGCUAGUGACUUGUUGUUGGGAUUCUUCGACAAAGAUAUCCCUAACAACGUCUCACAUAUGAGAUUAUUGAAGACUCAGACACCCAACAGAUUUAUGGUGCUCUUAAAAUUUUGUGCUGUCGAUAAGGCUGCCGAAUUUGUACAAAAAUACAACGGAAAACACUUCAAUUCCAUGGAACCGGAGGCUUGCCAGGUGAUAUUCAUCAAAGAAGUGCUUUUCAGACCUGUUAAUCAUACGGCAGACAAAAUGAAUACGAUUCCGUAUCUCUUGGACGAUCCUUUCACCAAGGUGGAAAGUCCGAAGGCUGUAACUGCGUCUUCAUCUUCAAACAUAAAGCCUAAGGUCAAUACCUCAGCAUACACGGAAUUGGCUACAUGUCCAGUGUGCCUUGAGAGAUUGGACUCCAACGUAACUGGAUUGCUUACGAUUCCAUGUCAACAUACUUUCCAUUAUACCUGUCUUUCCAAAUGGAACGAUGAUACGUGCCCAGUGUGUCGGUACUCUGGCAAAUCUGAUAUGCGAAAGCGAAAGCAAGAAGAGCAAGACGAAAAGUGUUUUGAAUGCGGCUCUACUGAGAAUAUGUGGAUAUGCCUUAUAUGUGGACAUAUCGGAUGUGGUAGGUACGAUCAGGGACACGCUAUAUCCCAUUAUAACGAAACAUCUCAUUGCUUUGCUAUGGAGAUCACCACACAAAGAGUUUGGGACUAUUCUGGCGAUAACUACGUUCAUCGGUUAGUUCAGAAUGAGGCUGACGGAAAGCUAGUAGAGCUUCCAUUGAGAGAUGAUAGGAAGGGAGCUGAAGAUAGCAGUGAUGAUGAAGAUAACGACGCCAAGAUAGAGAAGAUAGGGUUAGAGUACUCCAAGAUGCUUAUAUCACAACUUGAGUCACAAAGAGAGUUCUAUGACAUGAAGUAUGAGGAGGCACAGAACCAGUUGAAACUUGCAAAUGAUGGCUUGAAUGAGGUACGAAAAAACGUUGCAGUACUCACAACAGAGCUCUCAAAGGCCAAGGAAAAGCUGAACAGCUCAGCACAGCAGAAUCGUACUAAGAAUGAACUCAAGGAAAUGAAGAGUAAGUACGAGGAUGAAAAUACCAUUAAUGGGGGUCUAUCAGAAAAGGUUAAGUAUCUCACUGAAAGGAAUGAUCAGCUUGCUAAGACUAAUGAGGAUUUACAGGAACAAGUGAAAGAUUUAAUGUUCUAUCUUGAAUCGAGGGAUAAGUUCAAAGAUGCCGCUGAUGAUGUCAAGGAAGGAAAAGUGAUGAUAAUACCAAAGAAGACAACGAAAAAGCGUCAUUAG